AUGGACAAUACAAGCACCGAACACUUGACCGCCCCCGCGAGUGAAGCUCUACAGUCUUUCACCGCGACUGGCCGCUCUUAUAGCUCACCCACCAAGGCAGACAAAUCCGGUAGAGCAUGGAAUGCCUACGCAACCGCCGAAGCCCUCGGCAACGGCGCGCCCAACUUGCUGCCCGUGAGAUUCACAGACGAGAGUCUCAUCGACGUGCCUGUCAUGCGGCCUGAGGAUGUCGCUCGGGCGGGCUUCGUGGGCAGAAAUGGCACAUCAGCAUCCCAGAUUUCUAGCGACGUAGGAAGCAGCAAGAAGGAUCCGCUAUCGUCGAGGUUCUCAUUCCUCACAAAACGACGAGGCUCGUCAGACAAGAAGAAGGACGAAUUCGUGAUGAAGCAGAUGACGAGAGCGGAGUACUUGAAGCACUACGCUAAAGACGCCGCUGGACGAUACUGCGGCACGGGGACGCCUGCAGAGGACUGUAUCCUGCGAAGCGAGGAAGACUUGUUGCGCUGGCGGAAUACCUGA